AUUUGUAUGCUUACAGGUGGUUGUGGGGCUUGUGUUGUUCUGAUCUCAAAGUAUGAUCCGAAGUUUAAAAAAGUGGAAGAUUUUAGUGUGAGUUCAUGCCUUACACUUCUUUGUAGUUUAAAUGGUUGUUCAAUUACUACAAGUGAAGGCCUUGGGAACACCAGAGAUGGUUUUCACUCUAUUCAUGAAAGGUUUGCCGGUUUCCAUGCUUCUCAAUGCGGCUUUUGCACUCCUGGCCUGUGUAUGUCACUUUUCUCAGCUCUCGUCAACGCCGAUAAAGGAAACAAACCCAAUCCUCCACCAGGAUUCUCUAAGCUAACUUCAUCUGAAGCUGAAAAUGCCAUAGCGGGAAACCUUUGUCGGUGCACUGGCUACCGGCCCAUUGCUGAUGCCUGCAAGACUUUUGCUGCUGAUAUUGAUAUAGAGGAUUUGGGGUUCAAUUCUUUUUGGAAAAAGGGCGACUCCAAGGAAAUUAAAGUAAGUAAAUUACCUCCCUAUGAUCCAACCAAGAAUUUUAGUACAUAUCCUGAGUUCUUGAAAAGUGAAUCCGCCACGAAUUUGGACUCCUCAAAGUACCCUUGGUACAGUCCUGUUUCCAUUAAGGAGCUAUGGAGCUUGUUGAACUUCAAUGUGACGCUAAAUCGUGCUAGCUUUAAACUCGUCGUUGGUAAUACUGGCACAGGUUAUUAUAAGGAAACUCAGCGAUAUGAUCAUUAUGUUGAUCUCAGACACAUUCCUGAACUCUCAAUCAUCAAAAGAGAUCAGACAGGCAUUGAAGUUGGAGCAACUGUGACUAUCUCUAAAUUCAUUUCAGUCUUGAAAGAGGAAAGUAAUAUCAAUUUGGGUUCAUAUGGGAAGUUGGUAUCCCAAAAAUUGGCUGACCACAUGGAGAAGAUUGCUUCACCAUUUGUUAGAAACUCUGCUAGUGUGGGAGGAAAUUUGGUUAUGGCACAGAAGAAUGGUUUUCCUUCUGAUAUCGCUACAUUACUUCUCGGGCUUUCUGCUACUGUUAGCUUGAUGACCAGUCAUGGACCUGAAAACCUCACAUGGGAGGAGUUAUUAUCAAGACCACCACUAGAAUCAAAGACUGUGCUUCUAAGUGUUUGCAUCCCAUUUAAGAAAGAUCAAAGUUCUCACCAAACUCAUUCUAGAUUUUUGUUUGAAACCUAUCGAGCUGCUCCACGACCUCACGGGAAUGCAUUGGCAUAUGUAAAUGCUGCGUUCCAGGCUGACGUUGCUCACAGCAAGAACAGCGUCCUGAUAAACAAUAUCCAUUUGGCGUUUGGGGCUUAUGGCACAAAACAUGCAACAAGGGCUAAAAAGGUAGAAGAAUUUCUAACGGGGAAACUGUUGAGUGUACAUGUUUUGUAUGAAGCACUUAAAUUAGUCAAACUAGCGGUGGUACCGGAAGAUGGCACUUUACACCCUGAGUACAGAUCAAGCUUGGCCGUCAGUUAUGUUUUUGAGUUUCUUUAUCCCUUAACUGAUGUUCAUUCUUCUAUUUCUGGUGGUUUACUUGAUGGUUGCAUUAGUCUGGGGAAAAAACAAACACUACUAUCUUCUUCUAAGCAGGUUGUGGAGUUUAGUACGGAGUACUCUCCGGUAGGUGAACCGUUGAAGAAGAUCCAAGCUGCCAUGCAAGCUGCUGGUGAAGCUGUUUAUGUAGAUGACAUUCCUUCACCACCAAACUGCUUGCAUGGAGCGUUUAUCUACAGUACAAAACCAUUAGUUGGUAUCAAGGGAAUCCAGCUUGAGCCUAAUCAUUUAACAGACACCACCAUAAUUACUUACAAAGAUAUCCCAACAGGAGGGGCAAAUGUAGGAGCUGUUUCACCAUUUGGCUCCGAGCCCUUAUUUGCUGAAGAUCUCUCCCGUUGUGCUGGUGACAGAAUUGCAUUUGUGGUUGCUGACAGUCAGAGGUCUGCUGAUGUGGCUGCAACAACAGCCCUCAUUGAAUACGACACUACAAAUGUAGAUUCGCCCAUUUUAACUGUUGAGGAAGCUGUUGAGAAAUCUAGUUUUAUCCAAGUCCCUCUAUCUGUUCAGCCUGCACAGAUUGGCGAUUUCUCAAAAGGAAUGGCUGAAGCUGAUCAAAAAAUUCACUCUGCUGAGUUAAGAUUCGGUUCCGAGUACCAUUUUUAUCUGGAGGCACAGACUGCCCUCGCAAUUCCAGAUGAAGACAACUGCAUGGUUGUUUAUACUUCAAGCCAGUGCCCUGAGAAUGCACAGAGUAUGAUUGCCCGUUGUCUUGGUGUUCCUGCACACAAUAUCCGCGUAAUUACAAGAAGGCUUGGAGGUGCCUUUGGGGGCAAGUUUGUCAAAGCAAUGACUGUUUCCACUGCCUGUGCACUAGCAGCAUACAAGUUAAGAAGACCUGUCAGGAUAUAUGUCAACCGGAACAGUGACAUGAUAAUGACAGGAGGACGACACCCGAUGAAAGUAACAUACAGUGUAGGAUUCAAGUCGAGCGGAAAGAUCACAGCAUUACAUCUUGAUAUAUUGAUAAAUGCUGGGAUCACAGUUGAUAUGAGCCCCAUCAUACCAUCAUAUCUGAUAAAUACACUAAAAAAAUAUAAUUGGGGUGCCUUAUCUUUUGAUAUACAACUAUGCAAGACAAAUCUCACCAGCAAAACGAUCAUGCGGGGUCCUGGUGAGGUGCAAGGAUCCUAUAUCGCCGAAGCUAUAAUAGAGCAUGUCGCAAGUUUACUGUCGAUUGAGGUGGAUUCAGUCAGAAAUGAGAAUGCUCAUACAUUUGAAAGCCUUAAGUUAUUCUAUGGUAACAUUGUAGCAGAAGGAGAAUAUACAUUGCCUAGUAUCCUGGAUAAGUUGGCAGUGUCGUCGAGCUUUUUCCAACGAAGCAAGAUGAUAGAACAGUUCAACCAGAAAAACACAUGGAAGAAAAGGGGUAUUUCUCGAGUGCCAGCUGUGUACCAUGCUUCGCAACGACCGACACCAGGAAAAGUCAGUAUUCUGCAAGAUGGAUCAAUUGUUGUGGAGGUUGGAGGGGUUGAAGUUGGCCAAGGGCUAUGGACAAAGGUUAGACAGAUGACUGCCUAUGCUCUCGGUUCAAUCGAAAGUAGUUGGGCUGAAGACCUUGUGGAGAAAGUACGAGUCAUACAGGCAGACACCUUAAGUGUAGUGCAAGGUGGGCCAACGAAUGGAAGCACUACAUCGGAAUCAAGCUGUGCAGCUGUUAAACUUUGCUGUAAUAUCUUGGUUGAAAGAUUGACCCCUCUGAAGAAACAGUUGCAGGAAAAAAAUGGUUCUGUUGAUUGGCCAACGCUGAUUCUCCAGGCACAAAAACAAUCAAUAAACUUAGCAGCAAAUUCUUAUUAUGUGCCAGAAUUCUUGAAUUAUUUGACCUUCGGCGCUGCUGUCAGUGAGGUGGAGAUAGAUGUUCUGACUGGAGAGACUACCAUUUUGCAGUCGGAUGUUAUUUACGACUGCGGACAGAGCUUGAAUCCAGCUGUUGAUUUGGGACAGAUUGAAGGUUCUUUUGUACAAGGAAUCGGAUUUUUCAUGAACGAAGAAUAUCUUGCAAAUGAAGAUGGGUUAAUGGUCUCAAAUAGCACUUGGACAUACAAGAUCCCAACUAUUGACACCAUACCCCAGAAUUUCAAUGUUCAUCUCGUAAACAGUGGACAUCACGAACAACGUGUUCUUUCGUCCAAAACAUCUGGUGAACCACCGCUGUUUCUGGCAGCUUCGGUCCAUUGUGCAACAAGAGCAGCCAUUAGAGCAGCACGUGAACAGCUCAAACGUUGGGACAAGCUCGACGAGUCUGUUUCAGAAUUCUAUCUAGAUGUCCCUGCAAUAUUACCAGUUGUGAAGACACAGUGUGGCCUGGACUAUGCAGAGAAGUUCUUAGAAACUUUGUUGGCUCGGCCACCAACGUGUUUCAAAUGAUACUAAACUAUGUUGCUCGGACUCUCCAGAAUGUUGUCUUACAUGUGUUGAUUCCUCUAAAAAUACACAAUUACUUUUUGAGGAUCUGACAUGCACCCGGAGACAUUUUCAAAGAGUCGUGAUCAUGUCUACUACAUCUUUAAUAUUCACCAAAUUUCAAGUACAUGACUAAAGAGCUAUAUAUGGUCUUAGUCAUAUAAUAAGGUGAUUUAUUUCUUCUAAAACAAUGAUAUAUGAUCAUUGUAAACAUUUCAUAACAUUUGUGUUGCUAUAAUAAUAAAUGAUCAUUUUAUUUUCUGA